UCAAACCUCCAGCCAGGUCAGUGUACCGGUACUACUGCUCUCGAGCUUGAAGAAGCAUAGUCUUGUAGUGGCGCCUCGUAGUUGAGAUGGCUGCUCUGUCUGCCAAGGCCGUUAUUGCACUUGUUGCACUCUCCUCCCUUCUCGUCUCCUACGCCGCCGCCGGCCGGCCGGGGAACUUCAGCGCUUCCGACUUCACCGCCGACCCUAACUGGGAGGCCGCCAGGGCCACCUGGUACGGCGCACCAACCGGCGCCGGCCCUAUGGACGACGGCGGCGCGUGUGGGUUCAAAAACACCGACCAGUACCCCUUCUCCUCCAUGACGUCCUGCGGCAAUGAGCCCAUUUUCAAGGACGGCAAGGGAUGCGGCUCCUGCUACCAGAUACGAUGCACCAACGACCCUGCCUGCUCCGGCAACCCGGAGACGGUGGUGAUCACGGACAUGAACUACUACCCGGUGGCCAAGUACCACUUCGACCUCAGCGGCACGGCCUUCGGCGCCAUGGCCAAGCCCGGCCUCAACGACAAGCUCCGCCACUCCGGCAUCAUCGACAUCCAGUUCAAGAGAGUGCCGUGCGAGUUCCCCGGCCUGAAGGUGACCUUCCACGUCGAGCAGGGCUCCAACGCCGUCUACUUCGCGGUGCUGGUGGAGUACGAGGACGGCGACGGCGACGUGGUGCAGGUGGACCUCAUGGAGGCAAACGCCGGGAGCUGGACGCCGAUGAGGGAGUCGUGGGGAUCCAUCUGGCGCCUCGACUCCGGCCACCGCCUCCAGGCGCCCUUCUCCAUGCGCAUCACCAACGAGUCCGGCAAGCAGCUCGUCGCCGACAAGAUCAUCCCGGCCAACUGGGCCCCCAGCGCCUCCUACCGCUCCAUCGUCCAGUACAGCUGAAGCUGAACUGAUCAUUUGGAACCGUCGGCUAGAUUUGGUAUUGUACUAUCGUGGUUUGUUUGCAUGCAUGGAGACUGAGGAUUAGGUGGGACGUCCGCUGUCGGGUGUCAUGUAGGCGUCGUCGAUCAUGCAUGUGUGUUUUGAUAUGUCUGUGGACUGUGGGAUAUGGUGGAG